AUGAACGACGUAUUUGUUGUAACUGCACUGAUUGAUAUGUAUAGCAAAUGUGGAUGCUUGGACAAUGCAUACCAAGUGUCUGAGAAGAUGCCGCAGAGGGAUGUGGUUGCUUGGAACUCCAUGGCUGGUGAUGUUCUACCACUCGCUGGCGCUGAUGAUGAAAUUAUGGAUUCUACAACAUCAGGUGCCAAUGCUUCUAGUUCCGUCUCUGCUAACAAUAUAGAAGUUGACAUAUCUACGAAAACCAAGUCACUAAGAUCAGCGAAAUUUGUUAAAGGAUUACAACCACAGUUUAAGUUAUUGUCACGUAACACUAUUAGAUCAGAUUGCAUACAUAUUUAUGAAGAUGAAAUGACAAAAUUACGUACUAUUUUGGAGAAGACUAAUGGGAGGAUUAGUCUUACAUCUGACAUGUGGACUUCGUCUUGUCAAAAACGUGGUUAUUUAUGUUUGACUGCACAUUAUAUUGAUAAUAGUUGGGAAAUAAAAAAGAAAGUUCUCAACUUUGUUAUGGUUGAAACACCUCAUACAGGAGAAAGACUUGCAUCAGUCAUCAAAGAUUGUUUACUAAAAUGGAAUAUUGAUCGCAAGUUAUUUUCAAUUACAUUAGAUAAUUGUUCAACAAAUGAUAUCAUGGUUACAAAAUUGAUAGAGUGGCUUCUUGAAAAGGAUGCACUUGUCUGUAAUGGAAAAUUUUUUCAAGUUAGAUGUGCUGCUCAUAUUCUUAAUUUGGUUGUGCAAGAUGGUGUCAAAGAAAUAAGUGAUGUGAUUGACAAGAUCAGAGAAAGCAUAAAAUAUAUUAAGGCAUCUCCAGCUCGCUGUGAAAUUUUUGAUCGAGCAGUGCGUCAUGUCAAAGUUACUUGUGAAAAAAAGUUGUGCCUUGAUGUUCCAACUAGAUGGAACUCAACAUUUCUUAUGCUUGAUGUAGCUUUACAAUAUAAAGAAGCUUUUGGUCGUUUUGAAGAACUUGAUCGUCACUAUCAUUUCAGACCGACAAAGGAUGAGUGGAAGAAGGCUACUAUUAUUCAUAACAGUUUGAAGGUAUUUUAUGAUGCUACUAAUGUCAUUUCUGCAGUCAAGUGUCCAACUUCCAAUAUCUUCUUUAAAGAGUUUUGUGAGAUAAAGUUGGAAAUUGAAAAAAUGUGUUCAAGUUCAGAUAUUUGCCUUUCAAAUAUGGCAAUGAGGAUGAAAACAAAGUUUGACAAGUAUUGGGAUAUAUGCAAUUUAAUUUUAGCAGUUGCAGUGGUAUUUGAUCCUCAUUAUAAGAUGAAAAUAAUUGAGUUUUAUUAUAGGCAAUUUUAUAAAGAUGAAGCAUAUGAACUUGUUUCUGCAAUUAAGAAUUAUCUUUGUGAUCUUUAUGAUGAAUAUAAAGCUACUUAUGCAUUGAAGACACUUUCUGCUGGUACUGGUUACAUUGUUGAUGUUGAGAAGGAUAAUGAAGCAUCUACUUUGACUUCUUUGAUUGAGGUUUCUUCUAAUAAGAAGCCUAGAACAAGUGCAUUAGAUGACUUUCUUGAAGAAUCAUCACAAAGCCAACAUAGAAAAUCAGAUUUGGAGUUGUAUUUGGAAGAGCCCAUUUACCCAAAAAACAAUCCAAUUGACAUUUUGACUUGGUGGAAAGUCAAUGCACCUAAAUACCCUGUGUUAUCUAGAAUGGUAUGUGAUAUUUUGGCUCUUCCUAUAUCAACUGUUGCAUCAGAGUCAACAUUUAGUACAGGUGGACGUAUUCUUGAUUUAUACAGAAGUAGAUUAGGUUGCAAGACCGUGGAGGCUUUGAUUUGUGCACAAGAUGAUUCCGAUUUGCCUACACCUUUACCUGAAGAGGAAGCACCAUUUGCAUCUGCAUACAUUGAAACUGAAUCGUAA